AUGUGUUUCUAUCUAUCUAUCUAUCUAUCUAUCUAUCUAUCUAUCUAUCUUAGUGGUGUUAUAUUUACCACUGAUAUCUAUCUAUCUAUCUAUCUAUCUAUCUAUCUAUCUAUCUAUCUAUCUAUCUCAAUCCAUUUCUCUCUCUCUUUCUCUCUUUAUCUGUAUGUCUCAGUCUGUUUGUAUCUAUCUAUCUAUCUAUCUAUCUAUCUAUCUAUCUAUCUAUCUCAAUACACUUCUCUCUCUCUCUCUCUCUCUCACUCUCUAUCUAUCUAUGGAGGCCCCUCUCAAAAUAAUGCAGCCUGUCUGUUCAUAUCUGUCUAUCUACCUAUUUAUCUAUCUAAAAUAACCCAUUUGUCUGUCUCUCACUAUCUGUAUGUCUCCUGUUUCUAUCUAUCUAUCUAUCUAUCUAUUUAUCUAUCUAUCUAUCUAUCUAUCUCAAUCCAUUGUCUCCUAUUAUUAUCUAUCUAUCUAUCUUUAUCAAAUAAUCUAUCUAUCUGUUCAUAUCUAUCUAUCUCAAUCCAUUUCUCUCUCUCUCUAUUCUCUCUAUCUAUCUUUGGAAGCCUCUCUCCAAAUAAUGCAGCCUGUUUGUUCAUAUGUAUCUAUCUCAAUCCAUCUAUCUAUCUAUCUAUCUAUCUAUCUAUCUAUCUAUCUAUCUCAAUCCAUUUCUCUCUCUUUCUCUCUUUAUCUGUAUCUAUCUAUCUAUCUAUCUAUCUAUCUAUCUAUCUAUCUAUCUAUCUCAAUUUCUCUCUCUCUCUCACUCUCUAUCUGUAUUCUCAAAAUAAUGCAGCCUGUUUGUUCUAUCUGCUAUCUAUUUAUCUAUCUAUAUAUUAA